CUGUCAGUAGUAUAUAAUUGUAACUGAGUAUAGAACGUUCUUCAUUAUCCAAAUUUCGUUGUAAGAAAUGUCGGGUCUCAGAGGGCACGUAGUAGUCGGUGGUGGUACCGGCUUCGUCGGCCGUCACCUGUGUCGCGUUUUACGCAACAAAGGAUAUGGGGUGACCGUUGUGUCCAGGAGACCCGACAUGAACUGUAUGGGUUGGCAGGAGCUCAAGGUUAGAGGUUUGCCAACGGAGACUACAGCCGUAGUCAAUUUGGCAGGACAAAAUAUCCUCGACUUUAAGCACAGAUGGACUGAGGAGUUCAAACGUGUAGUAUGGAACUCAAGGAUAAGCACAACCCAUACACUAGCUAAAUUAAUUGAAAGAAGCAAUUCGAGAGUGUCUUCCUUCACAGUGAUGUCAGGCGUUGGUAUCUAUGAACCGUUACCCGGAAUGGUCUAUGCCGAGAAGAGCCACGUACACGAUUUCGACUUUUUUUCGAGGAUGUGUUUGGAAUUAGAACAGGCUGGAAAGCUUUCGGGUCAUUUAAAUUGUAGACAGAUCGCGAUUAGGAGUGGAGUUGUUCUGGGAUACGACGGUGGUAUGGUGAAGAACCUUUACCUGCCCUUCUACCUAGGGCUUGGAGGACCUGUGAAUCCAGGGAAUCAACCACUACCUUGGAUUCAUGUGCGAGAUUUAGCUAGACUAAUAUGUUACUCGAUUGAAAAUAAUAAGAUGAAUGGUGCUGUUAAUGGGGUCGCACCUCAACUCAUAACCAACCAGGAAUUUUCUAAAGCGUUCGCCAAAGCAAUGAAUAGGCCAUCAUGGUUCCCAGUUCCUGCUUCAAUGCUAAAGAUAAUACUACAAGAGGAUAGAGCAAACAUGCUUUUGAAAGGACAAAAAGUUAUGCCCAACAAAGCUGUCUCACUGGGAUUCCAAUAUAUUUAUCCAAAUAUUGAAUUGGCAUGUGAAGACGUUAUAAAACCAAUUCCCCCAGACCCGUUCGCAUCAAAUACAAUCAAUUAGUAAUAUGUAUGCUUUCAUGUAGUCUCUUGUAAAAAUAAAUAGUAAAUGUCUUA